AAGAGACGAUUCAGUAAUCAGUUACACGAGACCAUACAGCAGACCUCCCUGGCAAAUAAGCGUCUACAAGACUCAAUUUUCGUAUCCUGAGAAACCGUUGGUACUCAACAAAACAAGCGAGAUGUUUUCUCUCAAGACGUCAGUGUUCUUCUUCUCAUGCAUCGCUGUUUCAGUGGCGUUCCCGCACUUCUUCAACAUAGGAGGAAGGCGAAACAAUGAGGGAGAAAGACCUGAAUUUGAACAGCCGUACAGAAACGCAGGCGCCCCGUUAAACCAGCAACAGCAGACCGGUCAGUCUUCAGUAUUCUCCGAGGUCGAUGCCGAUGUCGGGGCAAACAGCGCUUCAAACAGUGCCGAACAAGACGCCGCUGGGUCUCUUGGAGGGGACGAUGGGGCAGGCGGUUCGGAACUCGACACACCUGACAGCCCCGACACUGGCGGUGCUGUCGUAGUUCCCGGAGCCGCUGGGGGAAACAACGCUGGUGAUACAUCCACAACACUUUCACCUAACGUAAUCGGUGGCGACCCAGGGCUCAUCGUCAACUCGGGCCAAGGCACAUCAGCCGGUGCCAAGUUCGGUAUCUUCGCUGGGGUUCUCACCGUUGUUGGUCUUGCCGCUGGUGGCGCUUUCUACGCCUACAGGAAGCGGAGGGCGGCUAACUACGGCUCAAGAUUUUGAACAGUUAAAAAACACAUGAUUUACCAACGAACUUCGAUUUAAAACUUUCGUACUGAGGCUUCCAGACGGGUAUAAUCAUGGGAAACACUUAAAUUAACACAACCCGUGUGCCACACCCCUUUUAAUUUUGUCUAUACGCGUUACCGCUCCCCAAUUCCCUUAUUUCCUUAGUCAGCCAUUCCCGGUCAACCUGCGCACUGCUUCCUGACCUUUUGAAAAUUCGGAUUGAAUUAACUUACAUCUACUUAUAGAUCUCUGACGCAUUGGCUAACAUUUCCGCACUUACUGGAGGUGAAGACAGAAAGGUUACUUGUCACUGUGAUAAAAACCUCGAAUGGUUCAAGAUAAAAUGAAAGUUUGCUUAUUUGAUGGGCAGCAUUUUCUUAAUAUGCUACGUGCAAAUGUUGCAUUGAUUUGUUAUCCUCCAUAGUGAGUAUGUACUUAAAUAGCAUGCAGUCGAGGUGUCAUCAUGGGUUUACUGUGCUAAGUUUUAGUAUUUUUAUUGGGUUUUUUGUUCUUCAAAAUAACAUGUGAACAUCACUUUACAAAAUGAACCGGUAUAAAAGUCAGCGACGUUCCAUUCCAUUUAAGUUCAACGCCAUGAAAUAUUGUAUUUAAAAACUAAUAAAUAACUGUAAAAAAAAAAAAAAAAAA